UUAAUAUAUUUUUACACAUCGCUAAUGUCUUUUGUUGGAAUACAAUAAAUAUACAAUGAAUAUUUUACCAAAAAAACGCUGGCAUGUGCGCACCAAGGAUAACAUUGCCCGCGUGCGCCGGGAUCAGGCAGCAGCCGCAGCUGUGGAGAAGAUUCGGCAGGACAAGUUGGAAUUUGCUGAAAGCGAAGCUCGCAUAAACUUCCUGCGUUGCCAGUCGGGACUUCCAGAAAAGGUCUCUGCCAAGCAGGCUUUCGGCCCGGACAAGAAUGAUGCCAACCCUGAACAAACCAAGGGUGUGGACCUCUUUUCGGAUUACAGGAGCCAUGUAAAGACGACUAACAAGGACCUGGAGAAAGAGCAAAAGGAGGAGCAAGAGAAGUACGAGAAGCAGAUCGGCUACCUCACCUAUCUAGGACAGGACACAAACGAGGCCCUGAAAGUACGCAGCUGGUACGAGGUGGCUCCUAAGAGACCAGAAGUGGGUAAUACCAGUUCCGCUGAGAGCCAUCUAAAGCAGAAAAUGGCUCACGAUCCCCUCACCUUGAUCAAUGCUCUCCUUCCUCCCGCGAAAAAAGAUAACAAGAGGGCGGUGAAAAGAAAACAUGAAAGGACUACUUCUCCUCAGCCAGUACCACCAACCUGCACCAUGCCCUCCACCCAUAAGGUCAAGAAGCAGAAGAAGGAGAAGAAUCGAACUAAAUCGAGCGAGAUCAAGGUAAAAAAGCAUAAAAGGUCAAGUCGCGUAUCGGAGGCCGAAGAAUCUAAGCUUACAGAGUGUUACAAACGCGAAAAGCUGGAGAGACUGAGAAAGGAGCGUCUGCGUAGAGAGGCAGUCGAGCGCCAGCGCUCUGAGGCUCUUUUCGCUCCCAAAGAGACGUCCGUGGCACCUAGUGCAGCAUCUACACCAAUUCCAACGCCUAGAAUAGUACAAAAAUACAAUAGCCAGUUCAAUCCGGAGCUCGCCAAACAAAACAUGCUUUGAAAUAAAUUGUAUUUUAAU